AUGCAAGUGCGCCGUCUACGAAAUGAUUCCUCUCAUGGAAUCAUAGGGCAAGUAAUCAACGUACCAGUAGACGUUCAAGAGAUGAUAAAAUGUUUGCCGCGUCAAUUAAAUGAGGACGACGUCAUUAACGUUAACUUCAGACAAAAUCUUGCCCAUAAAUCUGUCUACAUCAGCAGAUAUAUGUCCAAAAGUACAAUCAAAGCGUGGCUAGAUGUACUGCAAAAGUCUCCAUUAUAUCGUUUGUACGAAAUCAACGUAGAUUUGUCGAGGCUGAAUCCUACUGUGCCAUUACUGGAUGACAAACAGGAUGAUUUGUCUAACCGUAUAGAAACUAUCUCCGCUGAAAAUACACCUGAAUCUGAGAUUCUUGCUUCAAGGCAACAUACUAUGAUGUGGAACGAAGAAGAUUGUCUCCAUAUCGCACCAGGACAUCAGGCAAAACAUUUCGACAUCAUUAAUGACCGUCAUGCAGAAGAGUUGACGUUUCCAUCGAUAUACUUUGAAGAGCCACGUCGAUUUAACAUGAGCCUUUCAGUGACACAUUAUAUGAUGGCUAGCACUGAGAUACGACGACAAGACAGACGCGGAGCCACGCCUCAAAAAAUCUUGUACGUUGCAAUGAAGUUAAUGCGGCUGCGCAUGGUGGACAGAAUUUACAACACUUUCCGAAAUGUUUCGGUAACGGAGAAUGUUAUGCAACGUAUGUUAGAGGACACAGAAUUUCUCAAAAAAUAUGUCAUACAAAACCUCCCGUUUAUGAAGACUGUGCCAAACUCCGUCCAAUACUGGGAUUCUCGCAAACGAGAUCUCUUUGCCAUGAUUCGUCAACUUGGCAAGCCUACCAUCUGUGUCAGGAUACGUUUAAACGAAAUACGCUGGAUGAAACUGCUCACUAUACUUCUCAAACUGAGCAAUAAAUAUCCGGGGAAAACAGUAAGAGAUCUCAAUACUUCUCAGCGCUGUACCUUAGUGAGCGACGAUCCGGUUACGUGCUGCAUAUACUUCUACAAGCUCGUUGGUUCCCUAAUGAAAAUGCUGAAAUCCAAACAGUCAUACAAUCCAUUCGGCAAGUACUCCGUAAAAGAUUACUUCCUUCGUAUUGAGUUUCAUCAUGAUGGAAGUCAACACGCUCAUAUUUUACUGUGGCUGAACGACGACCCACUCGACAUCGUGUCGGAAAAUAUGCCAAGAACCAUCGAGCUCAUGGAAAAAUUAAGUUCCGUUGCCCGAGAUGAUGUGCCCAACGAUUCUAUCUACGCUAACCAGGUACACAAACAUACUUUCACCUGCACAAAAGGAGGCGAGACAACUUGCAGAUUCGGGAUCCCGUACUGGCCAAUGUCCACGAGCCGUGUAUUGGUUCCAAUGCCUCAAUCUGAUCGACGACGCCGAACACUACAACAGAAAGCCAAGAAGCUGCGAAAGUCUCUCGGUGAACGUCGAUACGCACGCAUGGAUGAUUUUCUUGAAGCUAAUAGUUUGACUUAUGCUUCAUACCUCGACAUUGUGCGUUCAACGUUACGCAGACCAACUCUGCUAUUCAGACGAAACUUUGAUGAACUUAUGACAAACACGUUCAAUCCGUAUCUUGCUGGCCAACUCAACUCUAACAUCGACAUUCAGUUCAUCUUGGAUGAGUAUAGCUGUGCAGAGUUUGUCGUAGAGUACGUAAAUAAAUCUGCCCGUGGAAUGAGUAACCUACGUUAUGAGCUUACCAAGAUGAUGCAAAAGCAUCCCGAACAGGACUACACAGGCCAAUUGAAAGCGUUAAGUAUCAAGCUGCUUAACGCAAUUGAGAUAUCAGCGCAAGAAGCAGCAUGGUAUCUUUUACGACAACCAAUGAGCGAGACAAGUCGUGAUGUUGUGUACAUUCCGACAGUGUGGCCGACAGAAAGACAACGCUGCCGCAAACGUCGUCAAAAAGUGGACCGCGAAAACAUCGAUGGAGACAGCACUAAUGUCUGGACCAAAAACAUAAUUCAGCUAUAUGAAGAACGACCUGCAUCUUUAGAAAAUGUAUAUUUGGCUGAGUUUGGUUCGUGGUAUGCUAACGCUAAUGAUUUCGUUGACGAGGAAGAUGAUGUGCCCGUGGGUGACGAUGAAGAUUCAGAAGGUAUACCUGAAGCGAGGACGUUGGGAGCACCAAAAGAAUAUCGCAGACGACUGACCAGACGUAUCAUACGUUACAAAGGCUACGAUAUUGAUGAAAAUGUCAAUUAUAAACGAGAGAUGGUUCUACUUUACGUCCAGUUCCGCAACGAAAUAUCAGAGAUUGUUGAUCAAAAUAAAUUUUUGCAACUAUUUGACGACAAUAAAGACACGAUUAUGGAACGCCGUAGCCUAUUCGAGACAAAAUUUAACAUUGAAAACGUCAUGAAAGAACUUCAAGCGUUGAUUAUUUUGAAAAACGAAGAUAAAAGUAAUUUGCAGGAACAAGCCGAGGUCUGA